AGUGUUUCGCCUGCCUUACCGUAGAGCCGCGCAGGGUAAAAAAUGAUAGCAGCUAUUUCGUGGGUUCCCAAAGGGGUUGCCAAGGCAGUUCCAGCCGCGGUUGAGCCCCCUUCAAAGGAAGAAAUCGAGGAGCUUUUGAAGUGUGGCCUCCUUGAUAAAAGUGAAGAUAGUGAUAAUGAGGAAGCUGAAGAAGAUAUGAAUGUUGAUGAAUCCAAGGAAAACGAGGAUGAUGAAGUUGCUGUUGCAUUAGCAGCUGCUAAUGCACUUGGAAAAGCUACAAAAGAUGUCUCUCCAGAAACUGAUAACAUAACAAAUGGUUUAAAGGAAUUGAAGAUGGAAAACUACGAUGAUGAGGAGGAUGGCAUUGAGCUUUUCGGUUCGGGACUCAAAGACUUGUACUACCCAAGUAAUGACAUGGACCCAUAUCUCAAGGAUAAGGACAGUGACUCAGAGGAGGAUGAGGAUAUGACAAUAAAGCCUGAUGAUUCUAUUAUAGUUUGUGCAAGCAAUGAUGAUGAUGUCAGUCAUCUUGAGAUUUGGAUUUUGGAAGUUUUAUCAGAUGGUACUGUAAACAUGUAUGUUCAUCAUGAGAUUAUUAUUCCUGCGUUUCCUCUCUGCACAGCAUGGCUCGAUUGCCCUAUUAAAAGUGACGAGGGGAAAGGGAACUUCAUAGCUGUGGGCUCAAUGGAACUAGCAAUUGAAAUUUGGGACCUAGACAUAUUGGAUGAGGUGCAACCAGCUGCUGUAUUAGGUGGAAUCGCUGACAUAAAGAAAAAGGGGAAGAAGAAAACCAUCAAAUACAAAAAGGAUAGCCACUCCGAUUCAGUACUUGCUCUCGCUUGGAACAAGGAAUAUAGGAAUAUGCUUGCCAGUGCUAGUGCUGAUCAAUCAGUCAAGGUUUGGGAUGUGAAUACCAGAAGCUGUACUGUCACUAUGAACGACCAUACUGACAAGGUUCAAGCAGUUGCAUGGAAUCCAUUUGCAUCACAGAUUCUUCUGAGUGGGUCAUUUGAUCAUACAGUUUGCUUGAAGGAUGUGAGGUAUCCAUCUCACAGUGGAUAUAAGUUUCCAGUUUCCGCUGACGUUGAAAGCUUGGCUUGGGAUCCACAUUCUGAGCAUUCAUUUGUGGUCAGCUUGGAGAAUGGUACAGUUACUAGUUUUGAUAUCCGUGCUGCUAGUUCUGAUUCGAGUUCUGCGACAAAGCCAAGUUUCACCAUCCAUGCUCAUGAUAAAGCAGUGUCCUCGAUGUCCUUUAAUCCUCUAGUCCCAAAUCUUCUUGCAACUGGUUCCACGGACAAGAUGGUUAAACUAUGGGAUCUGAGCAACAAUCAACCUUCUUGUAUUGCAUCAAGGAAUCCAAAAGCCGGAGCUGUCUUCUCUGUUUCCUUCUCAGAUGAUUGCCCCUUUUUUCUUGCUAUUGGUGGUUCUAAAGGGAAGUUGCAGCUAUGGGAUGUUUCUUCAGAAGAUGCGGUGUUGAAGAAAUAUGGGAAAUAUGUCGCGCAAAAAGGGCCGUUGCCCAAAUCAUAAUGUAAAUGUAGUUUCUAAAUAUUGGUUUUGAGUUAUAUAGGGAAAAUAUUAGCUAAUCUGUCAAUUUUGAUUUGUGUUUUAGUAGGGUAGUUAUUGGUUCCCAUUAUUUAUCAUAUGAUCAUGAUAAAUUUUAUUGUUGCUUGCCUGGGCCAAGUGACAGAGGAAGUGAAGAGUUUUGUGGAAUCAAGAUAACAAAUCAUCUCCUCCUAUGUAUUGAGUUGAGAUAUAGAAUGGUUUGUUUUUUAAACAUAACCUACACAAGAUCAAUGAACAUGUAGUGGGGACCGGGCUCCAAAACUUAGUAAAGAUUAAAAAAUGUCAGGUGAUUUCUUUCUAUUUGUUGUUAGGCAUUAUCUUGUACUUGUGUUGGGUGGGAGGUAGCAGGUUUUCAAUGGUGUAAUAGUUGAGGUGUAGCUGUUCGGACACUAUUCGGAAAAAGAAAGUUUACUGAAUA